AUGGCCGAGUGUAUGUCUGGUGCUGAUGGUGAUGACUGUGGUGAUCAUAGUUGUGAUUGUGGUGAUGAUAAUUCUGGUGAUAGUGAUGAUUGUGGUGAUGAUAAUGUUGGUGAUAGGGAGGAUUGUGGUGAUGAUAAUGUUGGUGAUAGUGAUAAUUGUGGUGGGGAUAAUGUUGGUGAUAGUGGUGAUUGUGGUGAUGAUAAUGUUGGUGAUAAGGAGGAUUGUGGUGAUGACAAUGUUGGUGAUAGUGAUGUUUGUGGUGGGGAUAAUGUUGGUGAUAGUGAUGAUUAUGGUGGGUUUUAUGUUGGUGAUAGUGAUGAUUGUGGUGGGGAUAAUGUUGGUGAUAGUGAUGAUUGUGGUGGGGAUAAUGUUGGUGAUAGUGAUAAUUGUGGUGGGGAUAAUGUUGGUGAUAGUGAUGAUAAUGUGAAACAGAAGUUAUGA